AUGGAUGAUGGAUACCUGGAGGCUGUGGUGGGAGCCGUCAUUGCCACCGUGGUGGUGGUUCUCCUGGUGACGGCGCUGGUGGUGAUUCGAUACAUGUUCCGGCACAAAGGAUCCUACCUGACCAACGAGGCCAAGGGCACGGAGUUCGCAGAGACGGCCGACGCAGCUCUGAGGAAAGACCCUGCUCUAAAGGACGCCAUGGAUCGAAAAGAGUACUUCGUAUGA